UUAUAUGUUUUCAAAGCAUUUAUUAUAGCCUACUCUGGAUUAUUAAUAUCGGUAUAGUUAGAAAAAAUGCCUUUAGACACUAUUGCAUUGAUGCAUGGCGACAUGCCUCAACAGCCCGGGAGGCAGAACACCGAUGGUAUGGCAAACUUACUCAGAAUAAAGAAAGUCAAUUUAAUUAAUGAUCUAUAGAAACUACAUCUAUGACAAUAUGCAGCAUCUAUGGGAUCCGUAAGUGGCCUACCCAAGUUGCUAAUUUGGUGUGACGUGACGUGCUUUGUUAAUGACGUAGGCCUAAGCGUAUUCUGUAUCGACUUCGUAAGCUCCCUAAUUUACUGCAAAACUCCUUAAAUUGAUCACUGCCUCAAUGUCCAGGAAGAAAUCGCGUCCGGUAUCAGACUACUGACAGCUAUAGGUGAGUUGAAGUGUUCCUCCUUGAUUCAACAUCGACGAAAUUGACAGAGUUGAUUGGAUUAUUCCUCCACAUACGACAUCGGUGCCGGACACUACGAUAUAGGCCUAAUGUUUGGAAUGUCAGAGUUCAAAAUAUCAUGCACUUCAACAGAGUCAUUAAAUGAAUCGGUAUGUUUAUCUGAAAGAACAAGGAAAUCAAUUACGAGAGGUAUUACCGGUGCAUUGCUGCUUGCGUUUUCCUAUGCUGAACGAUCCUCGACGCUGGCGUCUGUGAACCUUGUUUCCUGCAGUUGCUAAAGUGCGGUCUUCGCUGCGAGCGUUGAAAGUGUUCAUACUGUCGAUAUGAUGGUUUCGCGGCGGAUGAUUUUGGAGUUGAUGGUUUGAUAACAGCAUGGACUGCAUUCAUGUUACUGAGAAGCAAUCUUGUACCUAUUUUGGAGAUAUAUUUUGGAGAUAUUCAAACCUCCAGCAUUUAGAUUUGAGUGAACAGCAGAACCGUUUCUCAGAAAAAAGUCUACAAUGAGUUUCUUUGUUAAGGCUAUACUUAUUUUGUUCUUACUUGUCGUCGUCCAUGUUGUUUUGUAUCUAUCAAAAACAGAAGAAAAAAUAAAUUACAAACUUGGCUCAACCUCUGGAUAUUUGUAUUUGAGGAAAUCAAAAAACCUAUCAAGUGUAGGGUAUUUAGAAGACCCCGAUGUAUCGCACAUAUUAAAUGAACACUUGGACAGUGAAGAAGUUGAGACAUUUAGGAAAUGUAAAAAUCUAUCGACUUUAAUGCGUUCAAAAAAGUUUGAUGUAUUGCAAAAUUUAGAAGAGCACGUGAACGCAGAUAACGUAGAGAAAUUUAGAAAAACUCUAGCAUCAAUGGAGAUGACAAGUGAAAUGUUCUUUCAUCCGACUAAAAUAAACAAAAAAUUACAACUUGGACAGAUACCAAUACAAGAUUCUUGUGCUGUCAUUGGAAGUUCUGGUAUUUUAAAGGGUAGUUCUUGUGGUAGGGAAAUCGAGGCUCAUGAUUUUGUUAUAAGAGAAAAUAUGGCACCAGUGAAAGGAUUUGAAGCAGACGUUGGUACCCGAACUAGCCUGAUGACGUCUAAUGAUGAAAAGACGCGUGACCUGAUUUACUGCUUAACAAAUUCAGAAUCACCUUGUCAUAAAAAAUACACAGAAGUCUUAAAGGGAUUUGGCAAGAUGUACUUUGGAAUACCAGUUUAUAGAAACAGACCGAAGAGUGAUCAGAAAGAAUACGACAACUUCUUUAGUAUUGCAAAGUUUGUAAAUUCGGAAAUUGACUUUAGGAUUCCUUUGCACAAAUUCAGAUAUGAGCUAACCAGGUAUUGGAAGCUUCCUAAAAUAGCAUCCGGUGGUUUUGUUAAUGUUAAUAUUGCUUUCACAUUUUGCAAAAGAAUUUCGCUCUACGGAUUUUUUCCUUUUUCGCAGGAUCUGAGCGGUCGAAAACUGAAAUAUCAUUACUAUGAUAAUCGUAGUGUGAAAAGUGGGCUAGGUGUUCACAGUAUGCCAUUGGAAUACAAACUUUAUAGAGAACUGCAUAAAAACCAUACGCUUAGACAUGUUAUAACACCAUGUAGCUGAACAGAGUCCGUUGCCGUAAUCACAUGCUGUAAUAAGAUUCUUCUUAAUGUAAAAGAGUGAAUUUCACAGUGAUCACAAUAAAUUCUUUCUCGAAUAAAAAUUACGGUAUCUUUUUAAUGAUUGUAUAUUUUUCUUAUCAAAAUUAGUAAAAUUCACUCUGAACAGAGUGAAAUUUCACUCUCUUUUCACAAUAUCUAUUUCACUCUAUUGGAGUGAUCACUGAAGCAUUCUUUCAUUCUGUGUUUAACUCUUUCGCAGGGGCGGACUGGCCUAUCAGUCAAUCAGUCGCGGACCAAUGCGCCGUUGGGGUCCCUUUUGACAAAAAAUAAAUUAUUAAAAAAAAAAAAAAAACGUAAGAAAUAAAUUUUGGUUAUUGGAGCCUUGUAAGCAGGUUCCUAAUAUUAUGUUGCAACUCUUUUUCGUUUAUAAAUUACAAAUAUUUGGAUCAAUUAUUAAUAAAUUUUAAGGACUGUAAGCCGUAGGCCCAGUGUAUACAAUGGCUCUAUAAAGAACCAGUACAUCAUUCGAGACGAGUAGGGGGAUACCCUGGUGUACUGGUACAAACAACCCCUGUGGUGGACGAGGAGAGUUACUUGUAACGGGUUACCGUGUAGCAAAGACACGAAGGAACCCUUAGUUAUUUAUCGAGUUCUAGUCCAUGAUAUCAAGCGCCAUGAGCAUCUUAUUUUGAUGGAUACCUAUAAUUAUUACUACACUAUUAUUAUUACAUGUUUGGAUACAAAAUUUAAAAUAAGCAUUGUUUAGUAGCGGUAUUCUGUUGUCAAAUAAAAUGUAAUGCAAAUAAAAGAAUGAAGA